UUUCCCUCUUCUCACACAACACAGUCACAACCUCAGAACCACUCAUAACCGCAAACCCAUUUCUUCAAUCUUCUCCAAUGGCUCUCUCUUCCAAACUCUCAAUCUCAACCCUCUCUCCUUCACCUCUUCACGCUCAGAAGAAGAAUCUCUCUUCUUCUUCUUCUUCUUCUUCCCUUAGCUUUGUUCUUUCAUCUUCUUCAAAAACCAACAAGGUUUAUGCUACUGCAUCAAACUCAUCAACAACACUCACUGGUGUCCUCUUUCAACCCUUUGAAGAAGUCAAGAAAGACUACCUUGCUACCCCCAUUGCUCCCAACGUUUCUCUGGCCCGCCAGAAUUUCAAGAACGAAUCUGAAGCUGCCAUCAAUGAACAGAUUAAUGUUGAAUACAAUGUUUCGUAUGUGUACCACUCUCUGUUUGCGUAUUUUGACAGAGAUAACAUUGCUUUGAAGGGACUUGCUAAGUUCUUUAAGGAAUCUAGUGAAGAGGAAAGAGAGCAUGCUGAGAAGCUGAUGAAAUAUCAGAAUCUUCGUGGUGGAAGAGUUGUGUUGCAUCCUAUUGUGAGUCCUCCCUCUGAAUUUGAUCAUGAAAAGGGUGAUGCAUUGUAUGCUAUGGAAUUGGCACUGUCUUUGGAGAAGUUAGUGAAUGAGAAGCUUUUGGAUCUUCAUGCUGUGGCUGAUAGCAACAAUGAUCCUCAAUUGGCUGAUUUCAUUGAGAGCGAGUUUUUGGAUGAACAAGUUCAAUCAAUCAAGAAGAUAUCAGAGUAUGUGACCCAGUUGAGAUUGGUUGGAAAGGGUCAUGGUGUGUGGCACUUUGAUCAAGCUCUUCUUUGAAGAUUUAGAAUCUGAAUCAUUUGGUUUAUUAUGAAGAAGCUACUAGUUGUUUUUUAUAUUGUUGGAUUAGGUGAAUAAAUGUUUCUGCUAGGUUGUUAUUUUUAGGUUUAGGAGUGUUUCUUGUUUUAGUUGCUAGAAAGUACUUUGUGUUUAUUUGGAAGUUGGAACUAUUGUAGUUAGCUUGCAAUUAUUAUUUUGUUAGAAAUGAAAAUGAUUUGGCUACUAGUUUCUAUUGGGAAUGAAUGAAAAUGUUAUUUCAUAAUUUCUAUCA